AUGAACCAAACCACAGACACUGAUUACAAUGAAGCAUACAUUCAAGUCACCACUUCUGUUGCUGGUCAGCUUCCUAUAGAGAUACUUCGACUGGUCCUCUACCAGCUGGUAGAAUGCGACCCGCCAACAGAUCCGAAUUUCUUCGGAAAUGUCCCCCAUCAGCUAUGCGUUGUCAACCGGCACUGGAACCGAGCAUACACGCCAUUCCUAUACGCUCACUACAGGCUCCACAGUAAAGAAACCCAGAUUAAGGGCCUCUGGGGCUUCCUUCGAACUCUGUACAAUAAUCCCGAGAUUGCAAAGCAUGUGCGAUUUCUUGUUUUGACAGACGAGAACCCAAACUUGGUUGCUCCACAUAUCUACGAUGACGUUUACGAGGAGCUUACCACUUUGUCUGAAGAAAAUCUCUCCUAG